CGCGGUAAAACCAAAAGUGCUCUGUGCUACCGUUAGCCCCUGUUGGGGACCAAUAGACAAACAUGCCCAUUAGGGCGCACUGCACCAUCUGCGCGGACUUCUUCGACAAUACUCGUGAUGUGGCAGCUAUACACUGCGGGCAUACAUUCCAUUAUGCAUGUUUGCUCCAGUGGUUUCACACUGCGCCAAGUCGGACUUGUCCACAAUGUAGGAUCCAGGUCAGUAACAGGCACAUCAUCAACAAACUGUUCUUUGACAGUGGACAAGAAUUGGAUACCUCACUUGAUGCAGAUUCACUGAAGAACGAAGUAGACAGAAUACAAGCAUUGCUUAUAACAAAAGAGAAAGAGAAGCGAGAAUGUCAGGGUCUGGUGGAUUCCUUGCGGGAGAUGCUGGACGUCAGAAAUAUCACAAUACAAUCCAUACAGAAAGAGCUUGGGGACAUGGAAAUGUUGUGCUCUACUUUGAAGAAGCAGAUGAAGUACUUAGAACAGCAGCAGUCUGACACCAAAGCUGCUAAGGAGGAAGCGCACAGGCUGCGGAACAAACUAAAGACUAUGGAAAGCAUUGAGGUCCUGUUGCAGUCUCGGCGUCCGGAAGUAGAGAUGAUGAUCCGAGAUAUGGGCUCAGGCCCUGCGGCAGUGGAACAACUGGCCAUUUACUGUGUGUCCCUAAAGAAGGAAUAUGAGAACCUAAAGGAAGUACGUAAAUCAUCUACAGAGAUGACGGAGAAGCUGAGAAAGGAAUUGUUUACUUCUAACAACAAGGUGCAGAAGUUGACAAUGGAGCUCGAUAAGGCGAGGGAAGAGCUAAGUGCCACCCAGAAGGAGCUGCUCAACGCUGACAAAGAGGUCAUGAGUUUAAAGAAGAAAGUGGAUUUUCUGCAGAAAACUCUCAGCUCUCCAACUGCUGCCAAUGAAGCCAUCAGUCGACUGAUCUUUGAAAGCCCAGCCCCCAUUGGACUGGAGAGGCCAAAACUUCGCCGUCCAGCAAUGGGAGAAGAUAUAAAUCUUGACAUGACCUUCGAUAUUGACACACCUGAGCACAGCACACAAAAAUCCUUUGUGGUACCUUCAAAGAAGAUAAAGCUUGAUAAGGCAGAGUCUCAUGUGACCAGUCCAAAGAACAAAGCUCUACAGGAGUCUAAAGGGUUAACAAGCUGGCCUGGCAGCCGGGUACAAGCUGAUGAGGAUGAUCUUGCUCUGCCGUCUUUCAUUAAGAACUCUCUGCUUCACAAGAAGCCUGUCGGGAGCAUGUUUAACCAGAGACAAAACACAGGAGUGGUGCGAACUGGUUUUGAUGGCUUAGGAGGCAGAACUAAAUUUAUUCAACCUAGCAACCUCACUGAUAUUCGCCCUCUGCAUACAAAAUUGAAAAGGAAGAAGGUAUCCAGACCAGUUGCCACCAUCUCGUCUGCUUCUAACCAACCAAGGCUGGAAGAUUUCUUGAAAUGACCAAUAGCAUCACGGAAGUCCGUGAAGCUGCUAUAUAAGCCGGUCUGAGGACAAAGCACUUUUAUUGACAUUGCAGACUGCGCUCCUGGUGCUUUAUAAGUCAGAAGUACAUGUGACUGCUGUGCUCGGUUACAAAUUGCACCAAGAUUUCCAUGUAUGCGGGAUUAAAGGAUUGUGAUAGGGUUAAACAGAAAGCUGCUAAACUGACGCUUGGGUGGGUGGGCACUGAACUUUAUGCCG